AUGCGGCGCUCGAGUCUGCGGCCGCGGCAGAUCGACAUCCAUGCGCGCAUGCGGAUCAUCCGCGAGGAGGAGGACCUGGAUGCUGACGACGACGGCACCGGGGGCGCCUCGCAGCCACACGCGACGUUCCAGCAGCUCGUGGCGAAUCUGGCAGCUCGUCAGAAAGCUGGGAGUCAAUCUAAACGCAACAAGAAGGACAUUCCAAUCCCCGUGAUCUUACCAGUCCCAAGCUACGACACUUUAGUGUCUGCAGACUUUGAAGUCCCCACGUCCUACGUCAGAUUUCAAACUUUGCCGAGAGACGAAGAUGCCGCAGGAUCCGAAGCUUUAGGUCCAGAGACCCAGGAAGUUGAAGUGGAUCUAGAUCUAGAAGACAUGAGGUGGCUCCGACGUCAUCCCAAGUACGGCGUGGAUGGAGAUCCAAGAUAUCAAUUAUCCCAGGGACGCUUCGCCCAGAUGCUGGACGCUCUGGAAAAAGCUUCAGCUCUACUGAACCCCAACGUCAUGACACUUGCAGAAGCUGAAGAUGUCUUUGGCAAGAGAUUGAGCAUGCACAAGACGCCUCUUAAUCGCGUGACCUGCGAUGUUUACACAUACUGGGCUGCAAAGCGCCAGAAGCUGCGUCGUCCGCUAUUACGGCGUUUCUGGCCUCAGACUCCGCUGAACGAUACGAACCCUCAUGCAGUGUUUCGACCCCGUGAGAAGGAGCGCUAUAAGUUACGCAAACAUCGCAAGAACGACUUGGAAGGAUUCCGUAAGCUACAGCAGCUGCGUGUGGACUUUGAACGUGUCCGUAGGUUGCUGGAUCUAGUGCGACGUCGAGAACGAGCGAAGCGACUUCAGCUGGACUUCUUGGACGAGAUUCGACGUCAAGCGGAGCAUGAGCUCACGAAUCGUGGAUCUAAUGCUGUUGUGCGUAAGCCGGUGAUUCCGGUGGAUGAAGAGCGUGAACGUCACAAGAAGAAGAAGAAGAAAAAGAAGAAACAUCGCGAUGGAGAGAAUGGCAGUUUGGCAGAUGGUAUGGGCACUUCUGGUGAUUCAAAGACUGGAGCCGAUGCGAAGACAGGAAAGGCUGGAACUGCGGUUGAAGGACCUCAAAUCGCACCGACGUUUAUGGAGUACGACACGUCGGCGAACUUUGUGAUGGAGGACACAACAGACACGGACGGAUCACCGCGGAGUGGGCCAGUGUACCCGUCGUACCCUCUGUCUCAGCCCCGGUUGAUGGCGGCGAUAUUCCAGCAACCGCCCAAGUAUAGAUGCCGCGGACGUAUUGGUCGAGGCGGCAGAUUGGUCAUGGACCGAAUCCCUGUACCGACUUCGCGGUAUUAUGGCGUUACCGAGACGAACGCACCCACGCUGAAGUCUGCGUCGUUGACUCCCACUGUGGCAGUAUCAGGGCUGACAACACCUGAGAACGGCGUGAACUUACCCGGUUCUGAAGUGGGUAUCGCUGCCAACCACGGAGCUGUACUAGUACAGGACUUGUCGGUUCAUCCACCGAUGAACAAAAUCAACCAGGUUACGUCAAAGAGGCUGGAUGAAAUCUACGGCAUGAGUGACAGCGAAGACGAAUUCCUGGAGCCUCUUUCUUCCUCAGUUUACGAGACCCCGACGCGCAAGACGACAAGUGGAGGAAAGGGUCUGCAUAGCACAGGACCGGGGCGGAAGGUGAAGUUCACACUCGAUGUCUAA